AGGCUAUGUAGAUUGUAGCCCAUGUGUAAAAUAAUAAAUACAUUUAAGAGAGGAUGAUGAGGGAUUGAGGGGUAAGAAAAAGAUAUUACUACAAUUAUAAUUGAUUAAUUAUUGACUCGUCUGACUCAGUUACUCGGAAUGGACGGACAUCAGACUCAGCAACAGCGAACCGGCCCACCGGCGCCGCCGCGAACACCCAACACACAACAAGGCGGCGGCGAUUUAACUCCUAUUUUGACUGUCCUCUUAUCCUUCGUCGCUAUCUUCGCCAUGGUUUUGGUUCCAUCAGCGUCCAACUUGACGAGUAGCUUAUCUAUUGUGCACCAAGUUCCGGAAGGUCAUGUUGGGGUUUAUUGGAGGGGAGGUGCCCUGCUUAAGACAAUUACUGAUCCAGGCUUUCAUUUGAAGCUGCCUAUGAUAACCCACUUUGAGGCCAUCCAAGUGACCCUUCAGACAGAUCUGGUUAGAGAUAUUCCCUGCGGCACAAAAGGUGGUGUUAUGACAAACUUUGAGAAGAUAGAGGUUGUUAAUCGCUUAAAGAAGGACUAUGUUUAUGAUACACUGCUAAAUUAUGGUGUAGAUUAUGACAACACAUGGAUCUAUGACAAGAUCCACCAUGAGAUUAAUCAGUUCUGCAGUGGUCAUUCCCUUCAGCAAGUCUAUAUUGAUAUGUUUGAUCAGAUUGAUGAGAAAAUGAAAGAUGCACUUCAGGCUGAUUGCACAAAGUAUGCCCCAGGUAUCGAAAUUAUAAGCGUGCGAGUAACAAAACCUACUAUCCCAGACAGUAUAAGGCGGAAUUUUGAACAGAUGGAGGAAGAACGUACAAAGGUCUUAAUUGCAGUGGAGAAACAGAGGGUAGCUGAGAAGGAGGCAGAGACACAGAAGAAAAUAGCUAUAAGUGAAGCUCAGAAGUAUGCACAUGUUAGCUUGAUUCAGAUGGAACAGAAGUUGGCUGAGAAAGAUAGUGCAAGGAAGGAAGAGGAAAUUGCAAAUGCUAUGUAUCUUGCUAGAGAAAAAAGUUUGGCAGAUGCUGAUUUUUACAAGACAAUGAGAGAAGCAGAGGCAAACAAGUUAAAACUGACUCCUCAGUUUCUGGAGCUCAAGUUCAUUGAAGCCAUUGCUAACAACUCCAAGAUUUUCUUUGGCAAUAAGGUACCAAAUAUGGUGUUCGACCAGAGACUUCUCGGAAACUUUUUUCAAGAUGUUGCACCGAAAAAAGACCUGGAAGCUUAGUUGAAAGAAGGCUGGAAAGGUUGGGUCAAAGAUAGACAAUAGGUCUUAAUAUCACAAACUAUACAUGAGAACGCGCAAGUGACGAAUACUGUCAUUUUUUGUUGAGCACCUGGUACUAUUGUGAGGUCCCCAUGUUUAUUCGGGAGUGGUCAUCUGUAUUUUUAUGUCACAUUCAUGAGCCAUGGACCAGCUUUAUCUGUAACAUAUAUUUGGUCAGUCCUUGAUUAUUGCUAAUUUGUUACAUGUUGCCUCAGUUUUCCUGUA